AUGCUUCCAACGCCUUUCCCCAGCAACUUGAAGUGUUCCCGAGGCAAACGCAGCAACUUUACUUCGGUUUUCGAGCCAGUAUAUUCUGCAAAGCGACUGGCACUGGAAAGUGGGGAGGAUUCCUUGGGUCUGCCUCACGCAGACGGCGAGGCUGAGGGCAAUCGCAAUCUCGCCGAAGAAAGAGGAUCCUCCACUUCAGCAUUCGGAACCAAAGCUUGCACCAGCAACUGCAGUUGCGAAGGGCUUCCUGCCACGAAGCAGGAGUACUUGCUCAACUACUCCGCGGCCCAGGACAAGCCUAUCACUGGGCGCCCACCGCAGGUGCACAACGGACUUGUCUCAAGAGCACUGCAGAUAUCUGGUGUUCGUCGUCUCGCAAAGAUGGAAGGAGCGAGACAAUCCCAGCGAACCCCUGAGGAGGUAGAGCUGGCGCUGGAGGUGCUCAACGAUGAACUGGCUGGGGCGUCACCGCUGGACCGUCCGUCUCUUGAACUCGCGACACAGGCCUUAACAGAUCGUCUUGUUGAGCUUAGGAAACAACAGAGAGGGUCCCCAAACCCUCCUGAGGCAGCAGGAGGAGCCAAACAGAGCACCCGCGAGUACUCAUCGUCUUUGCAAGCCGUCAUCUUGGGGGACGGCAAACAGAAGUACACUCUGAUUAAAAUACCUAAGCAAGAUGAUAUGCACAGCGACAUUUACCUUGUACGUGGGGACCCCAAGGCGGAGUACCACUAUCAAACGGCUCUCGAUACGCUGAAUGCUCUUCAGUCGAGAAACAUCUUGUCUGAUGUCACGGGGGGAGGGCGUAUGGACGUGUUGCGUGCUGAAAAGAAGGUGGAGAUAUACGGCUACUCGUAUCAGUACGGAGCUGCUGAUCACUCUAUCACGGCAAAGAUGGUUAAGGAAUACUUGGGCGACGAGUUCAUCGUCUCGUUUGGCAACUACGGCUAUUAG